UAAGCAUCGAACCAUCUUAUAUCUUAACAUAUUUGAUACAUAUUGACGUAUGUAACUCGAGUGAAACGAUAUUAAUAGCCUGACACAUUAUAUAACGCUGCCACACGCAUAUAACGCUUGCUAGGACGCAUUGAGAGUGCGAAAAAAUCAAUAAUCUCAUUCAUUCGUCGCGGCACAGGGAUAUUUUUUACUGCGACGAUGAUAAUACUGAUUGUGCGAGGCUCAGUGAUGCUCGCACACUGCCACACGUAAGCUCGUAUGCCACGUGACAACCACUUUAUCGGAGCAGUAUCAUUUGUCAGCCUAGUCCGCUUCCGACAAGCUCAGUGUCGCGAGAACGGCGAUUGCGGCUGCUUCGUGGAGAUGGAGCCGGGGACGUUGGCGAGGGUAUUGCACGAUUUCUUCACGACCGUCGACGGAGAGCUGAGUCUCUCCAAAGGACAUUACUUCCUGAUAUACGAGAUAGUGGACAAACAUUGGUGCUCGGGUCAAUCUCAAGACAGGGUUGGCAAGUUCCCCUUAAGUCAUCUGCAUAAAGUGGAAAUUCCAGAGUUUAGUCAAGCAGAAAGACUGUUUGUAGCUAUCGCUGGCUUUCCUGGGCAAGAAACAGGAGACUUGUCCUUUGCACAAGGGGACCUCAUAAUUGGAACUAGAGACAUAGGCUCAGGAUGGUGCAUGGGCAGAACAAGUUCCAAUACUGGAAUUUUUCCUACAACGCAUACAUGGGAACUCGAUACAAUACUGAUAAAGAAAACAUCAAGGAAAAAAUCAAUAAGAAGGAAAGCUAAGGUAAACACAACGCUGAAAGCACAACUUGAAGAAGAAUUAGACUUAAUUGCAGGAGAAGUGGUCACUGUCACAGAGAUCUUGGAUGACGGCUGGUGUCGUGGAAUAACAGAAAAUGGAAAGGAAGGCACAUUUCCGGAAGGAUUUAUAUCUUACACAGAUGUGGAUGAAGAUAGCACCGGUCAAGUGGAAAUGAGCACAACGAGAAAUAACUUAACAUGGCCCACAUCAUACAGUAGCGCAGUUUACAGCAAUCUCGGUGAAGCCACUUCCGUGACUCCACCCAUACCUGAGGAACCUGCUCCAAAUUACUUUGAUUUAUUCCCGGAAGCUUUGGCAUCCACCAGCAGCACGGCAGACACACAAUGUGACACUCACCCCAAGUCCGUCGACGUUAAACCGUAUGCCAUUACGUUGUAUCCAUUUAACGCACAGUUUCCAAAUGAGCUGAGUUUCGGAGCGGGUGAAGUGGUGCAUCUCACCAGACACAUCGAUUCCGAGUGGAUGGAGGGCAUGAUCGACACCACUAAGGGCAUCUUUCCAUCGUCUUAUGUCAACAUUAUAGUCGAUUGUGUGGAAGCUGAGAAUAUUCAGGCUCAGCCCGAAGUCGAUGCGAUUCCGGCGAAGAAGCACGCCCUGGAGCCGGGCGUUACUGUGAAAGUAUUGUACACCUUCGACGCACAAAUGGACGGUGAUUUGAGCGUUCACGAGGGCGAUGUCGUUACCGUAGUGGACACGGCGAACGAGGAUUGGGUGAAUGUGAAGAAUAAAAGCGGCCUGGUCGGCUUGUGCCCGAGAGAAUAUCUAAGCUCGGCGUUGGAUCAUUCUUCGAGCCAGCUGCCAGAAUCAACGGAGGGAUUGGAGGACUUCGUGGUGAUUAGACAUAAAGAAGAGAAUGUUACGACGAGUGAGGAACAAAAGCCAAAGAGAAUGUCGCAACCACACAGACCAGCACCGCCAGCUCCGGCUCCAGGCAGAGUGCCGCUGCAGAAGGAUGCUGCGGCGAACGCAGAACCUUCCGUGCAGGGAGGAAGUGAAAGAAACGAAUCCGUGACCGACGGUGCGAUUGAUAUAAGAGAAAAGCGUGCCGACCAACGACAAAACGUGAUCUCGGAACUGGUUAUAACGGAAAAAGAGUACGUUCGCGAUUUAAAGCUGACGUACGAAACAUUUAACUUGUACGAUCCGAAUUCUCUUACGUCGAAAGGGAUCGACGUCUCCACGUUAUUCGGCAAUAUCUUGGAAGUUAUUCACAUUGCCGAGGAAUUACUGGAUAUGAUCUUGAGAGCGAUGAAAGGUCGCGAUGAGAGCUUGCAGAUGAUCGGACCUUGUUUCGUGAAAAUGGCCGAGAAACUGAAAACUGUUUACGUCAAGUAUUGCGGCAACCACGAAGCGUCGUUAACUUUGCUGAAAAAGUAUGAAAAUAAUGAGGAAAUUAUGAGGAUAUUUAACAAGGGUAUUGAAGCAUUGCGCCAUCAGAUCGCUUGCUUCGAUAUGAGCUCCAUCCUGAUAAAACCGGUUCAAAGAAUCUUGAAAUAUCCUCUCAUAUUAUACGAAUUAAUAAAGUGCACGGAGGACAAUCAUCUCGAUAAAGCAACUACAGAAGAUGCGUGGAAGGCCAUGACGAACGUGGCUAGCUACAUUAACGAGUACAAACGUAGGAAAGAUAUCGUAUCCAAAUAUUUGGACAAUGAUAACACGCUAAUCGGCAAAAUGUCGAAAUUAAGCAUGCAUUCUGUAGCGAAGAUGUCUACAAGACUGAGCACGAGAUUAUCAGCGAGCCUGGGACUGACGAAUGUGGCGUGCGACGUUCAGUUCGAGGAGCUAGAAAAGCAAUUUAGAUCUAUUGAGAAGUGCACGUGGCAGUUGGCGAAAGACGUCGAACAAUGCACGGUGCAUUUGAACGAGGAGGCUAUGUCUGGUGACGUGAUAGCCGAAUUUUUAGGUCACUAUUAUCAAGGAACCACUUCCGACGUGAAAAGAUUUCAAGAGAUAAGGUCCACCAUUUGGUCGCAGUACAUGCCAGAUUUUAAAUCAUGCAUCGAGAAGAGAGUCAACGCGCCGCUGCAUUUGCUAGCGACUUUGUUAGAAGGACCGGCGGUUCUGAUAUCGAAGAGGCACGAUAAGUUGUUGGAUUACGACGCUGCUAUUUCUAAGAGUGAGAAAUAUAAAGAAUCAAAAAUUGUACAAGAGGAAUUAUUUACCGCCAAGAGUAAUUACGAGGCGCUGAAUCAGCAAUUGCUGGAGGAAUUGCCUAUAUUGUUGGACUCGGCGGCAAACAUUCUAGUUAGUUGCAUAAGUGCCUUCGCUGGAGCUCGGAAGUUGCUAAGCGGGAGGAUUACCAAGCAAUAUCUGACUCUCUGCGAGGCGUCGCCGCACUUGUCGACGCAAGACGUGCUGGAAUCGUUCCUCGUGAAUCAUAACUUGGUAUGGAAUCAAAUAACACGUUUCGCAUUUGCCGGUACGAAUCCUCGAGUGGACGAGGAAGGCCAGGCUCAACUUUGCAUGCAGUCCGAGAAGCAGAGGAUCCGGCUCAGAGAAAAAUACGCUGCCGAUAAGUUGUACAUAGUGGUCGAGGACGUUGCCAGUACGUCCGCGUUAGACGUGGGCGCUGCGAGGGGCACUUUGGUCGCCGCCAUAAAGAAGCAGGAUCCGAUGGGAGACCCCGCGAAAUGGUACGUCGACACCGGGAUCACUCAAGGAUUUCUGCCGUCGCAGAAACUGAAACCGGCCCAGCAGAGUCCACCUCGCGAUUCCGCUGCGGCGACGAACGUCGCUGCGACUAGGAAGAGCCCUCCGAAUCUGAUGUCGUUGGAUUCUCCGGAGAAGGAGGUCAGGAAGGCGUCUCAGUCGCAUCUGCAGGAUUUGCUUUCGUUAGAUAUGAAUAAAGAACCGAGAGUGAGUCGCACUUACAGUAACAUCCCAGAAACACCGAGGGUUCAAGUGUAUCAGAAUAUAAACAGCGAGUUUUACUACGCGAUGUACGAUUUCGCUGCGAAUAUACCGGGCACGUUGUCCAUUAUGAAUGGCCAAGCUCUGAGACUGCUUAGACCGCACGACGAGAAAGGAAACGACGAAUGGUGGCUCGUAGAGAAUCGUGACGGUAAGCAGGGGUAUGUUCCACGGAAUUACUUACAUUCUAAAGUUAAACCGAAGUCAUAACGAUGAAAUUAGGCCGAGGCGCACGCGUUUACAUUUAUAUAUAGUAUUGCAAGCCCAUUUGAAGAUCAUUUAUUAGUAGAGCGCUUGUAUCAUUGAGGAAUCGCGCGCAGAUUUCUCCGGUCAAAUUCAUCUGGUGUUUUUAUCUAUUUAAGAUUAUUAAACUGAAACUUUUACAAGGUUAUAAUGAAGUAUCAAUGCUAGUAUUUGAAGAUAGCUUUCUUAAUUCCCUUUUUAGUACUUAGAUUUGUACAUACUUGAUAUUUUAUAUACUUUUUAAAGUUUUUACACAUACAUAUUUAUGUUACCCAAUUGUUACUUGUGUGUAUAAAUGUACAUAGUGUUUUACCGGUGCAAACUGUUUCCUCUGUGAUUGUCGUUAUUUUCAACUGUACGAAGUCAGUAAUCGAUAUUAUAGCACAGCGAUAACGCAAUAACAACAAUAACGCAUAUUCUUGCCUAACAAGAUAAAGUUCUGAUGGAACAUUUUUGUCACAAAGAGUGAUGUAUGCGGCGUACCUAUCAAACGUAUAUAUACAUUAACGAUCGAUUUUUCUACUCGCAUACACUUCACCUCCUACCUCCCUUUACACAAUUAUGCUAAUCUUUUUAUCAAAUUUGCUGUUAUAAUUUCGAAUAUAUAUUUGUACAUAGUAUUACAAUCUCCGAUAAAUUAUAUGCUAUUUAAAAAUUAUGAAUAUUCACUCCGUGAAGAUAUUAAUAAAAGUAUUAUAUACAGAACUUCAAUCAGUCAAUCACUUGUCCGAUUUGACACGAGUGUUCUUUUGGUUUCAUAAGGAACCAUUUAAAUAUUUCCACCAAUGAUCUUUGAGAACUCCCUCAUUUAGUAUAUUUAAUAUUUAAGAAAAAAUAUUCAUAUCACACCAUUUUGAUGCCACGAGUCUGUUACGGGAUCAAUAAAACUUGAAUCAGCUCGCAAAGUCAUCUUUGAACCUUUCAUGCCUCUUAUCAUGUUCCACAUUAUCCCAAAGUGAGUUGCUAAGAUUAGUAGCAUCCUAAUGAAUGAAACAUUGCGAUUAUUAAUAAGGAACACGAUAUGUCGAUUACCGUCUCUUUUGAAUCACCGACAUUCGUAGUCAUUAAUUAUUUAAUUUGUAAAUAUAAUAUCAGAAGAAUACCGAAACAUUCGAUAUAAAU